AUGCUCGGAACAGGAGUGAAGGUGGCGGUGCUUGCAGCAGCUGUAGCGUGCUACGUACAUCCGCAGCUGCUUCUGCAGCCUUUGCUCGGGUCAGAUCUGGAUGGCGCAGAUGCUGAGGCGUCAGUGCGUGUGCUGCGGGGUCUGCUGACGCUGCUGAGCUAUGGAUUGGCCAUCAUCCGACCUUCUUGGUUCUGGGUGCUCGUGGUUGUAGCGGCGCUUCAGCUCACUCUGUGGGGGCUGCAGUUGGCUGAAGAUUCCUUGCUUGGGCUGAGCUUAGAGGCGGAGAAGAAUGUGUUCAUGGUGGGCGCUGUGGUCUGCUUCGGGACCAUCGUGAGCAUCAUUCUGUUUGGAGGCAAAAGUGAUACGAAAGCUCGUUUCCGAAAGCGACUGAUUGCGUUUUACACGAAGCACAACCCGGAGAAGCUGCCCGACGUGGACGAUUUGGUGGAGAAGUACGAGCUCAAUGAGGAGUUAUUGUUCCAGCGACUGCACCGGAAAUACAAUGCGCUAGCUGCAGGAGCAGACAAUCACUCGGUUAUGAAGAAUAUUGACGAGGGUGAGUUCCUGUAUGAAGAGGAAGAAGAGGAAAGACUGGAAACGUUUAUUUACCGCACAGAAGAGUUCAGGCAGCAGUGGGAGUGA